AUGGCCCUGAACUACGUGCCCCUGUCGGCCGGCGAUCAAAGGAGCAGGAUGGCCUACCGCGCCUCCCACGGCGAUCUCAACCUGUCUGCCUUAGCCCUGGCGAUGGUCUCUGGAGACAGCUUCCUCGUUGCCAGGCGUGAGGCGAUUCUUCCAGGACCCGCUCCUCGUCAGGCCGUCCGGCAGAGCGUUCAGGCCGACAGCCGUCGGGCGACUGGGGUCGGCCGCAGCCCGCAACGCUUUAGAAAGGGAAGGGAAGCUGAUGGGCGGAACCGCUCCCGUCAGGCCAGAUUCUCACCUUAUCCGACCCCCGCGGUCAAACUGGAUCUCUUAAGGAGUGUGCUGCAGCAGCGUCUGAUUGCAGUUGGGAGUGUUGUCGCAGCCCGUCUUUCGGCUUAAUAUGCAAACCUCCCGUCGGCCCUCGAUCCGCUUGUAAACAAGGCCUCUCUCAAAUCC